UUUUGAAUCGGAACAGAGUUGCUCUCAAUUAUUAUCGACGCCUGGAAACGUCAUCCACGUAUUUCUCUCUGGUAAAAUUUGCAAGUUUCAACAUCCGAGCUCGAAAAAAAGUUAACCAACUGGAAUCAUAAUGGAGCCUCACACGGGCGCAACUUGUGACGGCUGCGACCUUUGGGGCAACGGAAUAACUGGCUGCCGCUUCAAGUGCUUGCAGUGCGCCGACUUUGAUUUGUGUCAGAGCUGCUAUGACGCCAAGGUGGUGAAUGGGCCGCACAAGUCGGAGCAUCCAAUGCAGUGCCUGCUGGACGAGGAUGCUAAGAAGCUGUACUUUGCCGGGGAGCCAAUUCCCUAUCUGAACGCCGAUAGCUUCACUUGCCCCAUUUGCGGCUCCAUGGGCCAUUCGUACUUCGAACUUGUGAAGCAUGUGGUUGCCCAGCACAACGACGACCGCAGCGACGCCAUCUGUCCACUGUGCGUGGCCGUGCCCAUGGCCCCACCCGGCCGCUUGCUCAACAUUUCGCAGCACUUUCGCCGUCAGCAUCGCGAACCGUCGAGCAUUCGCGCUGCCGUUGCCAGUGCAGAGGAGGAGUCGGGAAUAUCCGACAUUGCCGAUCGCCUCUCCCGUCACUCUUUAGGAGAGGGUGCGCGCUUCAGACUGUCACAACGUCGUCUGCACGUCCGUAUCGCUCGCAUGAGGCCAUCCAAUCCCUUGCCCCCCGAUACUAGCAGCGAGGAGGCGGACUAAGCUGCCUAAGCAAAUCUGUUCCGCUGAAGAUGUGGAGGAUUGCACAUAUACCUACAGAGAUCAACGCACACCACCUACACACAUACUAUGCAUAUGUAUACGGAUCCACUGUCUCCACGCACACAUUAAUACAGAUACACGAACACUACAUAUGCAUACAAAUGAACGCCGAAACUGUGCUCAAAAGCUGGAAAAAAAAAAAAAAAAAAAAAAAAAAAAAAAAAACACAUACACAUACACAAACACAUACCAGGAGAUACACUGCCCCAAAAGAACUCACAAAAUUCUUGUUUCAGACAUUCCUUAAAAAAUUGUAUCACAUGACAAUUAUUACACUGUGCCACAGAUGCUUUGUACUUCACAUGAGAGCUUGCGUUAGUAGUAGUAAAAAAGUCCUAAAGAAUUAUAAAAAA